UAGGUUAGGUAUUGUAGGUAUUUAUUGAUUUGAUGAUGUUGACUUGAGUGGUUGAAUGAUCACAAAAUAAAGAAAUUGUGGUUGAAAUACUUUAUUAUCUACCUACCGAAAGUCCAUAAUCCAACAUCCUCACGUCGUUAAAGUGACAAUGGCCAACGUUAAUACGGGGCAGCUUCUGAACUUCCAAGACUAUUCUCCGGAACACAAUAAUGAUCGGAGUGCUAGAAUCGACGUGGAAGCAGUCCAUACGAAUCAGUAUAAUAGUGCUAUGUCCAACCCUAACUAUGAUUUUGGACCGGGGGAACCAAAAAUUGAGGAAGAAGAUCCAGUAAAGCCGCAAGGUAACCACAACUUUUGGACCAUAGAGUACUACCAGAAAUAUUUUGACGUACAGACAAGUGAAGUUGUAGAGAGGAUUAUAUCCUCUGUGUUGCCUCAGAAGGUGUCACCAAACUAUUUCGAUGAGAGGAUAAAGGGAAAGCCCGAUUUGUAUGGCCCAAUAUGGAUAUCUGUUACUUUGAUCUUCACAAUCGCAGUUAGCGGUAACAUAGCCAGCUACCUGCAGAACACGAACACAACGGUGCAUUGGCGGUAUGACUUCCACCUCGUCUCAUACGCAGCAACAGCCAUAGUUUGCUACGUGUGGGUCGUGCCUCUCGCUCUGUGGGCCGCUCUCAAGUGGUCCAUACCACCAGCGGGGCAGGACGAGAUUGAGAGCCAGCAAUCGCCCACUCCGACGAUGAUGUCCCUAUUCUGCCUCUACGGAUAUUCCCUAGCGAUCUACAUCCCCGUCGCCAUCCUAUGGACGAUCCAGGUCUCCUGGCUCCAAUGGCUAUUCGUCAUGGUAGCAGCUUUUGUCUCAGGAGCGGUACUAAUUUUCUGGCUAAUGCCAGCACUGAGAAAGUCCAAAUACUUCCCGAUUCUAAUAGGAUGUAUUCUGGGAGUUCACUUCUUGCUCGCGACUGGGUUCAUGCUGUACUUCUUCCACACGCCCAGUUCUAGUGCAGUAACCCCACCAGCUUUGGUUGUAAGCAGCACACAAGCUGCUCAGUAAAUUUUUUGUGAUCUAUUAUUCUAUUACUAGUAUAUUGUAAUACUAGCUUAACGCGUGAUUUUAGCGCCAUCUACAUAAAGCGACGAAUUUAACGCCAUCUACAAAAAAGCGAUGAAAUUUAACCUAUAAAAAUUAACGAAUUAAACGCCACCUACAAAACAAUGCAGGUUUUUCGCAAAUCCCGCGGGAAUAAUAGUUUUUGCCGGGAUGAAAAGUGGUCCUUCUAUAGACUCUGAAUAAUAUAUACAAAAUAUAUUAUUGUAUCUACAAAAUAUAUGCAAAAUUUCAAGAUUGGUUCGGUAGAUAACCCAUGAUGUCCC